CUGACCAUCCAUCUUUGUUUUACAGGUGCACUUUUAGGUUUCCGAGCACAAAUAUCAAGAUAACAUUCACAGCCCUAUCCAGUGAGAAGAGAGAGAAGCAAGAAGCGCCAGAGUCGCCAGUUAAGCCUGUGCAACCGCACAUCUCGCCCCUGACCAUCAACAUUCCAGACACUAUGGCCCAUCUCAUCAGCCCCCUUCCCUCUCCCACGGGAACCAUCAGUGCUGCAAACUCCUGCCCAUCCAGUCCCCGGGGAGCAGGAUCUUCAGGGUACAAAAUGGGCCGUGUGAUACCAUCUGACCUCAAUUUAAUGGCUGACAAUUCACAGCCAGAAAAUGAAAAAGAAGCUUCAGGUGGAGACAGCCCAAAGGAUGACUCAAAGCCACCUUACUCCUAUGCACAGUUGAUAGUACAGGCAAUUACAAUGGCUCCUGAUAAACAGCUCACCCUAAAUGGAAUUUAUACGCACAUCACUAAGAACUACCCAUAUUACAGGACUGCGGACAAGGGCUGGCAGAAUUCAAUUCGCCACAAUCUCUCUCUGAACCGUUAUUUCAUCAAAGUGCCACGUUCCCAGGAAGAACCAGGCAAAGGCUCCUUCUGGAGGAUAGAUCCUGCCUCCGAGAGCAAGCUGGUAGAGCAGGCUUUUAGGAAGAGACGGCCUAGGGGCGUGCCUUGCUUUAGAACCCCCCUGGGACCGCUCUCCUCUAGGAGUGCCCCAGCCUCUCCCAACCAUGCAGGAGUGUUGUCUGCUCACUCCAGUGGCGCCCAGACCCCUGAGAGCCUGUCGAGGGAGGGCUCUCCAGCCCCCGUGGAGCCUGAGCCUGGUGCCGCACAGCCCAAACUUGCCGUCAUCCAGGAGGCGCGGUUUGCCCAGAGUGCACCAGGGUCACCUCUCUCUAGUCAGCCCGUCUUAAUCACUGUCCAACGGCAGCUACCCCCGGCCAUUAAGCCUGUCACCUACACUGUUGCAACCCCAGUGACCACAUCCACCUCUCAGCCACCUGUGGUGCAGACGGUACACGUUGUCCAUCAGAUACCAGCAGUGUCAGUCACUAGUGUGGCUGGACUGGCCCCAGCAAACACAUACACAGUUGCUGGACAAGCUGUGGUCACUCAGGCUGCGGUGCUGGCUCCUCCUAAGGCAGAACCGCAAGAGAAUGGCGACCACAGAGAAGUCAAAGUGAAAGUAGAGCCUGUCCCUGCAAUUAGCCCAGCCACACUAGGCGCUGCCAGCCGAAUCAUCCAGACAUCACAGGGAGCCCCUGUUCAGACGGUGACCAUAGUACAACAGGCACCUUUAGGUCAACACCAGCUUCCAAUAAAAACUGUAACGCAAAAUGGAACUCAUGUGGUACCAACGCCUACAGCAGUGCACAGCCAGGUGAACAACGCAGUUGCGAGUCCUCUCCAUAUGUUGGCAACCCAUGCAUCAGCAUCAGCAUCCCUGCCCACAAAGCGCCAGAAUGGCGACCAGGCAGAGCAGCCGGAGCUCAAGCGAAUUAAAGCAGAAGAUUGCUAGAAAAUAGUCAUUGCCCUGAGCAUGGAUGCACCACCAGCAGCUAUGAGAGAAAAGGGGAUCCAGAACUAGCUGCUGGGAGACCUUUUCUUCAGACGUCAACUUUGUGGUGCCAAAAGGAGAUGCUGCCUCUUACUGAAGCAGGGAGCGUAUCCUCAGUGGGUAAAGGGCCCUGCGGUUGGACUUCACCUCUUAGCACUGAAAACACGAACCCAGGUGGCCUUAAAACUCCUUAAUUUAAAGACAAGUUACACUUGAACAGACCCACAACAGCAACCCUGGUUCCAGAGGUGGUGUCUCCUACAGAGCACUCGCUGGGCUGUGGGCUCAGCUUUUACUACAAGCAAGAACUCCAGGUCACAAAGGACUGAAUCUCUUGUGUGGAUGCAGCACCUGUUGCAAGUGGAUCUCUCUGGCUUUCCUUAGGGGACAGAGCCACAGCCACCUGCUGCCCUCAUAGGACCUGCUGGCUGCGACUGAGAGACAAGACAGUAUUUUGUUGUCCACAUGUGGAAUUAGAGUACUUGGAGAUGUCCUUUCUUAGCUAAAUAAUGGGGUCUUUGACAUUUCAUUUCACUCCAUUUCUACUCUGGAAAUUUGAGAUUCAUUUGGGGGAAAGAAUGUCAUUCUGUUUGUUUCUGUGGUUUGUUUUCAGCCCAUGGGAUGGUUUGCUCUAGUCUUUCCUGCCUGUGUUUGGGUGGCACUCUCUUAGGACACCUACUUGCCCAUUUCUGUUCAGAGCAGUUACUGAUGAAUUUGACCUGCCCUGUAGAGGGUGGGUGGACUGAGGCUGCAUGGAUCCAUGAGGCCAGGGGCAUCGGGACAAGGGACCCCUUCUGGCCUCUGGGCUGCGCGUACCUGCUCUUGUGGGUUUUGUUGUCUGUUUCUUUAUGUUGACUUUGUCCUUGGCGUAAUUUCCCACGCUAGUAAAAUGAGUCUCCUACA